CUUCCUCCAUCCCCACGGCUUCUCACUCGCGCCUGUGUUUCUGUCCUCGUUUCCCAGCCUGUGCUUCCGGGCUUCUUCCUUCUUUUUGCAUGUCGUUGCCGCAUUUUCCCUUCGCUUAUUAAUAUUUUAAUACCCCAUUGAAAUGCUCGCGCGAGCAGCAGCGGCACGACGGAAGCUCCGACGAGACGCCCUCACGAACCCGGGUCGAAUACGCAUACGCGAACAAUUGACGCUGCCAUGGCUAUGUCCCGCUCAGAUGCGAUGGGCGGCGAGUGUGGUGUCCGUUACUGCGAAUCAUUCCCAUGACUCUCGGAAACAGAGACUAUCAACUGCAUUAUCGUCACGACAGGAGACGAGAUCGCUUGCAACCGCCGCAGACCUCCAGCCGUCUCCGUACGAUGCGAUUCCCUUCCAUGGCAUAGUACCGCAGUGGGGGAGUCGCCCACCCUCGCCCGAAACAUCGAGGUUGCAGCCGUGGGAUCCUUCGAGGCCGCUCAUCAUAAAUGGCUCGGUUGCGGCGGCACCGCAGCUUAGAGUGCGGAUGGGCAUUGGUGGUGAUCCCGCGGAGCUUCAUCAAAACCUCCAUGCUUGCAUACGAGUUGGACGCAUAGACCGGGCGACGGCGAUUGUACAGCGGUUGACAGAUAUGUAUAGCCCCUCUGCGCCAGAGGUGGUGGGCGCCCACAAUGUGUAUCUGCGGGCACUUUUCGAGCUCGCAGAGCAGAAUCCAUCAAAGACAGCCAUGGCGGAUAUUGAGGCAUGGUACAAUACCGAGAUGAUGGGCAAGGGCGUUGAGCCGGAUGCGCAGACUUUCGUCACAAUUCUCCGGGCGUCAAUGAAUUUCUUGGAAGGUGGCAAAAGGGAGAGCUCGAUACUCAAGUAUCUAGACUCGGCACGGGAGUGUGGGCCCGCCGUGUUUGAGGGCGUCAAUUCGUCUCCGGAGUUCUCGGACGAGGAGUGGGAUACUUUGAUCAGAUUCCAGCCCGAGGUUUACGACGAACCCCCCCCAGUUGAAGAGCUGCAAGAUAUUCAGAUCAGCACUCCCGCAGGCCGUGCUAUCGCUAUUCAGCACGGUUUAAUUCGGGACGAUUCAUUACAAGUGAAGCCGGUGGAGCAGAAGGGGCUAGGUCUAUCAAGCCUGAAGAGCGCAUUGGCUAUGUUCGAGCCGGGGAAAGGCAUCCCUUAUCCCCAUGAAAUGGAAGGGUCGCAAGAAGAGAAAGACAGAGCCUACGCGUAUAUGAAGCAGAUAAAACUUGAAGAAGACUCCAGCUUGGCUGCGACUGAGCGCUGGAAAGCCGAAGACGCGAAGCUGGCAGAGAUGGGGAUACACGGCGUUCUGCAAUCAAAGCCCGUGCAAGCAUUGAUGUGGCAUUGGUACUCCGCGCUCUUGCCGCUCCUUCAAAAAGAGAUGAAGGUGAUAAAAGAGGUCUUAUCGAACCCAUCCAAGGCGAACCAACUCGACGACCGACAAAUAUAUGGCGCAUACCUCGAAGGCUGUUCUGUGGAAAAGAUGGCUGCUGUGACCGUUCAAAGGACUAUUACGUCUUGCGUCCAAAUGGGACGGGAGGAUACCAACAACCUCAGGAUUGCGAGUCUAGCGCUUAACAUUGGAGGUGACAUUGAAGACGAUAUCAACACAGGGAUAAAACAAAGGCAGAAAUUGGUUAUGCGCAAGCAGCGCACUCAAAUUCGUCAGGAACUCCUUACCAAGCUAAGCAAAAACAAGGUGAAUCUCAAUGCCAUCGGAGAAAGUUCUAGACCAUCCCUCGACACUAUUCAACACAAGGAUUUCCCCCUUCACGUGAGGACAAAAAUUGGCGCAAUGGUUAUCCAGAAGUUCGUACAGUCCGCCAUGAUCACGGUCUCCUGCGAAGAUCCCAAGACAGGCAAGCAGUUGACGAGAACACAACCAGCAUUCUCGCACACUACAGGCUUCCAAAACGGUAAGAAGUGUGCUUGGAUAGUGCCACAUCAUAAGGUUAUGGAAAAGCUGAGGAAAGAAUCUGUUCACAACAUCUCAACGGUCAAAUUGCCCAUGUUGGUAGAGCCAAAACAUUGGGUGGGAUUCGAAGACGGCGGUUACUACACCCUUAACGAAAAAUGCGUGCGAAUCAAAGCCAAGGACGAAAUGCAAAUGGCCUACACUGUUUCCGCGAUCGAGAACGGGGAUAUGAAGAAAGUGCUAGCCGGCUUGGACACGCUCGGAAAAGUCCCUUGGAACAUCAAUGCCGAUGUUUUCCGCGUCAUGGUUCACGCUUGGAAUGCCGGCGAAGAUGUCGGCGGCCUCGUACCAGAGGUUUUGAAGAUUACGCCGCCGCAGGAACCGAGCGCUGAUGCUCCUUUUGACCAGCGCAUGAAGUGGGUAAACAAGUUGAAGGAAUAUGAAAACGAAAAGGCCGGUUUUCAUUCGCAACGAUGCUUCCAAAACUUUCAAUUGGAGGUCGCAAAGGCGUAUCUAAACGAGCGGUUCUUCUUCCCACAUAGUAUCGAUUUCCGCGGCAGAGCGUACCCAAUCCCUCCGCUUCUCAAUCAUAUUGGGUCGGACCUUCCAAGAGGUCUGCUGAGGUUUGCGAACGGCAAGGAACUCGGCACUGUAGGGCUUCAGUGGUUGAAGGUCCAUCUUGCAAAUCUUUACGGUUAUGACAAGGCCAGUUUGAAGGAUAGAGAGCAAUUUGCCAUGAACAACCUCAACGAGGUCUACGAUUCCGCUACCAAUCCACUUAACGGACGACGGUGGUGGGCAAAAGCUGAAGACCCCUGGCAAUGUUUGGCUUGCUGCAUCGAACUAAAGAAUGCCUUGGACUCUCCCGACCCCACGCGGUUCAUCUCUCAUCUCCCAGUCCACCAAGAUGGAACCUGUAACGGACUCCAGCACUACGCCGCUCUUGGCGGUGACCAAGCCGGCGCAAGCCAAGUCAAUCUCGAACCCUCCGACCGCCCCCAAGACAUCUACACCGGUGUCGCGGAACUCGUGAAAGAAAUCGUCGCCGAGGACGCCGCAGCCGGAAACCCCAUCGCCAAAUUUAUCGACGGCAAAGUCUCCCGAAAAGUCGUAAAACGCACCGUCAUGACCAACGUCUACGGCGUAACCUUCAUCGGCGCGAAAGCGCAAGUGCACGACGAGCUCCGACAACUCAUCCCCGUUUUCGAAGAAACCCCGGGCGUCCCUAGCCUUAAUCAUGUGUCGAUGUAUGUUGCAAAGAAGAUUUUCCAAGCGCUGGGAAAGAUCUUCAACGGCGCGCAGGAGAUACAGUUUUGGCUUGGGAAGUGCGCAGAUCGUAUCACGACUUCCAUUACUGCGGAACAGGUCCGUCGGAUCCAAGACCGCUUCGAAGGCAAGAGCCAAGGCUUCGAUCCGAAAUAUAAGUACGCGAAAAAGUUGACCGAGGCAGCGCAAAAGAAAUUAGUGAAGGAUAUGUCGGAAUUCAAAUCAUCCGUUAUCUGGACGACCCCACUGAAAAUGCCUGUUGUGCAGCCGUAUCGAAAAGAAAAACUCGUGCAGGUGAAAACGAGUCUGCAGAAUAUCUCGCUCCAGAAAUCCUCGCCGUCCAGUAGCGUCAGUAAGAGAAAACAACUGCAAGCUUUUCCUCCGAAUUUCAUACAUUCCCUGGAUGCCACCCACAUGAUCUUGAGUGCGCUCAAAUGUAACGAAAUGGGCCUCGAUUUCGCCGCCGUACAUGACUCCUUCUGGACCCAUGCGGCGGAUAUCCCGAACCUCAAUACCAUUCUCCGCGACGCCUUCGUGCGUAUGCAUUCUGAAGACAUCGUCUCGCGGCUUGCGGCUGAAUUCAAGGCGAGAUAUGCAGGCUCGUACUACCGUGCGGAAAUCUCGUCUUUGAGCCCAGCAGGGAAGGCGAUUACGAAAUGGCGGGCGCUGCAAAGAGCGGGUAUAGGGAGGGUGAAGGAGGGCAGAUCCGGGACGGCGAAAGUGGAGGAGGUGGCGUUGGAGGCGAGGAGGAGGGAGUUGUUGGGAAGUGAGGAUGAGGGGAAGAGAAGGGAAGGGGCCGAGAUGGUUACGCCGACGAGUAUCUGGGAAGAGUGGAAGGAUAAAGAGGCGGGUGGGAAGAAGCUGGAGGGGGUGAAGAAAGAGGUGCUUGGAGCCGAGGUGGAGAUGAAGUCCACCAGCCUUGCUGAAUCUACCACGAAUGCCGAGCACGAGCUGUUCAAAGACGAUGCUGCAGUAGAAGACCUCACAACCUGUCCCGAAGCCCACAAAAGCUCCCGCAAACUCUCAGCACAUCCACAGGGACAAACCCAGAACGACACAUCCGCCGAACAAUUGCAACCACAACAGCCACCGGCGAAGGCGAAACUCCGUCAACUCUCUAAGAUUCAAGUCUGGCUUCCACUGACGUUCCCGCCUGUACCUAAGAAGGGCAAUUUCGAUGUCAAGAGGCUUAAGGAGAGCAAGUAUUUCUUCUCCUGAACGGUGGUAGAGAGGAUGUAUACAACUAAGAGGGAUUGGUUGGGGGUAGAAGGGGAAUGAGAAGGGGGUGUUUGAGGCGGGGGUUACUAUGUUGAAGCAGGGGCAGAAGGAGGAGCAUUUUGGGAGUCUGGGUGACUGGGUUUGG